AUGGCUGCGAGGAGGAGGAGGGGGAAACCUCCAUUACAGGAUGCUAUAGAAAAUGCUAUCAAGGCACAGGACAAGAUAGCAGAAUUAGAAGUGAAGUACAUCAAUUCCUUUAAAGGUACUCUGUUUGUGUUGUUCUUUCAGAGUCUAAAAUUAGAACCAGCCACCUGCAAUAGGCAGGUAGAUGAUCACUUGUGUAAAACAAACUCUUUUUGUCUUGCGGUAUGAAUCCAGCAUACCUUAAUGUGGUGCGCUUGCACCCCUCCUAUCUGUGGUCAGUGUUUCUGACUGGCAGCCUAGCAUGACUUCAUCAGACUGAAUUAUCGCUGAUAUUUGCUGAGCUAAAAUUGUCUUCAUGUCAGGUCCAAGACAAUGAAUUGACAGUUUGCAUUGUCUAUAUGUAAUAACGUAAUGUGUUUGAACAGGUCGAGGGGUGUUUGCCAGAACCCAUUUUAGUAAAGGCGACUUUGUGGUGGAGUACAGAGGACAACUAAUAACAUCUGAUGAAUCAGCAAGGAGGAGGAGGACCUAUCACAGAUCAUGUGCCGUUUUCAUGUUUGAUUUCCGCUGGAAAGAAAAGACAUGGUGGUAAGGCUUUGAUUGAUUAUGACAUUUCUGCACAGUUGAGUUUUUUCAAUGCACAAACAAAUUUGAUAAUAUAUAUAUAUUUUAAAUUAGCAUCUACAACCAUUAGUAAUUAGAGUAAUGGCAAAUUAUAUCAGGUAAUUAAAUUACUAUUUAAAUAUUAUCAAGCAUAAUCAGUCAUUUUGUUAUUUUGUGAAGUAUUGAUGCAUCUCAAGAAGAUGACAGCCUUGGACGAUUAGUCAAUGAUGACAACAGACAUCCCAACUGCAAAAUGAAGAAGAUCGUAGCAGAGGGCAAACCCUACCUCUGUUUAUUUGCUCUGAGGGACAUUCAUCCAGGAGAAGAAAUCGUAUAUAACUAUGGUGACAGUGAUUGGCCAUGGAGGAAGCAGGUUUGUAAUAAAUGUUGGUCAGUAAUCGAGUGAAGAAAGUCUAAAGGUGUGUUCACCUGCGACUACGACAAGUUGCAAUCCCACAAUUCCGAUGAUUUUCACACGUUUUCUUCUCUGCAAAUCGCCAAAACGUCUGACCUGCAUCAGGCCUCUGUGGAUGACGUUUGCAGAAAAAAAAGAGUGUGAAAAUCAAUGAAGUAUUCAGUGAAUUAUGAUUGAUUUAAUGCUCUGAGACUUGACUGUCCCGUCAAACAGUGGUAAAUGGGGCGUACACCUCACCAAGACGGCGGCCGUAUUUGACGCUCCGCUGCUCCCCAUGCUGCGUCUAGCUUACAUAUGUCUAUGACCAGCACGAGGGAAUUGUGGGAAUGCAGCUUGUCGUAGUCGCAGAGUGGCAUCUGCUGUGAACACACCUUCAUGAUUGCAAAUAAUGACUUUUUGUCAACUCUUAACAGCCACUGCAGUGUUACAGCAGGAUACAUACAUGUCACAUCAACAAUAGCAAAGUUGUACCUUUGCAAAAAAAAAAAAAAAGCAAGAAGCAUAGAAAUAUUGAAAUGUUCACAAGUUUCUUCACUUUUCCUUAGGCUUUUUCUCAUGGUUUAGUGUGAUAAAUGUGUUGUUGAUGAGCUUCACAUUAAUUUUGAAUCCUUAUUUCAGACAUGUGCUGAGAUGUCCUCUGACACCGAAGUCUCCAGAACAGCAGAGAAGACUGCAGAGAGACAACCGUCCACCACCAUGCAGGUAAGAAUCAACUGUAUUUUUAACUUUGAAUAAGAUGUUAAUGGUGUCACAAUUUAGAUUUUUUAUUGAAAUCAAUCAAAUCGAUGUCAUGGUCUCGAAAAUCAAAAUCAAAGAGAGACUCGGCAAUCCUGAAGCAAAUGAUGAAAGCACACAUUGUACCCCAAUUUCUUGUAUGUAACACACAUUUUCUCCCCUAAAAUAAGGUCUAAUGUUAAGGUCUAGAGAAGAAUGGCAAAGUGACAAACCACUUAGUUUUUUUAUGUUUAACUGUGAGGAUAUUGUUUCUCAAGGUUCUAAUUGUUCCAUUAUUUUGGACAUGACUGUUACAAUUAUUUAGUUCUCAUGUUGAGUAGUUCUGUAACCAAAAAGAGUCACUAGAUGGCAGCACCCCCUGUGAGUUCUCAUUCUUGUUGUUUUCACUUAAACAAGAUUGUUAUUUAAAUUAUUUAAAACUGACCAAUAGUGCCUGAUGUGAUAAAAACGUACACAAGAAUGAUGGAAAUUGCAUCACUUGUAUGUAGCCCAUCUAUUGAGAGAUGAUUUACUGUACAAAUGUAAUGAAUCAAACAAACGAUUGUAGACUAGACUAUUCCAAAAAAAGCAAAGGCCUCUGUGCUGUAAAGUAAGAAAAAGAAUUGAAAAUCGAAUUGGAUCGAGGAGUUGUUAAAUCGUGACACCCCCUACAGGUCGUUCCAUGUUUCUUUUUUGGUCAAAGAUGUGCAAAGUUGACUCUUGUGUAUACAGUUUGGUUUAGUUAAGGUCAGUGCUACUCCGAUGUUAAAUAUGUUGCCAAGCACAGUCAGGCUUCCUGAUUGAAUGGGGACCGUCCAAUCAUAUACUAUAGCUGCUGUGUUACACACUUGUCAGGUGCCUUAUUUGUGGGGACCACGUUAGCUAAGAAAUACUCUGCAUAUUCACUGACACUGACAUGACUUUUUCAUGUAUUAAGUUAACAAAACACCAAGUAAUACACGCGGCCUGUAACAUAGGCUAAGUUUGCGCUCUACAAUUCACAUCAGUCCUUGGCCACAGGUCAGUUCAACCCUGUCAUGCUUAAUAUUCACUUGUUUUCAGCUGUAAAAGUCACUGCAGGGUUAAAGCAGGAUACAUACAUGUCACAUCUGUCAUAGCCAUGUUGUACCUAUGAGAACCUUUGCAAAAAAAAAAAAAAAGCAAGAAGCAUAGAAAUAUUGAAAGGUUCACAAGUUUCUUCACUUUUCCUUAGGCUUUUUCUCAUGGUUUGGUGUGAUAAAUGUGUUGUUGAUGAGCUUCACAUUAAUUUUGAAUCCUUAUUUCAGUCAUGUGCUGAGAUGUCCUCUGACACCGAAGUCUCCAGAACAGCAGAGAAGACUGCAGAGAGACAACCGUCCACCACCAUGCAGGUAAGAAUCAAUUGUAUUGCAAUAUGUUUUUUCUUUUUUAAUCCAAUAUUUGUAAAGUUGACUCUUGUGACGAGUUUGGUUUAGUUAAGAUCAGUGCUACUCUGAUGUUAAAUGUGUUGCUUAUUGUCUGGUUUUCGUGAUAAAGUGGGGACCACCUAAUCAUAUACUAUGGCUGCUGUGUUACACACUUGUCAGGUGCCUUAUUUGUGGGGACCACGUUAGCUAAGAAAUACUCUGCAUAUUCACUGACACUGACAUGACUUUUUCAUGUAUUAAGUUAACAAAACACCAAGUAAUACACGCGGCCUGUAACAUAGGCUAAGUUUGCGCUCUACAAUUCACAUCAGUCCUUGGCCACAGGUCAGUUCAACCCUGUCAUCCUUAAUAUUCACUUGUUUUCAGCUGUAAAAGUCACUGCAGGGUUAUAGCAGGAUACAUACAUGUCACAUCUGUCAUAGCCAUGUUGUACCUAUGAGAAACAUAAGAUUUGGAGCCAGAUGCAUAGAAAUAUUGAAAGGUUCACAAGUUUCUUCACUUUUCUUUUGGCUUUUUCUCAUGGUUUAGUGUGAUAAAUGUGUUGUUGAUGAGCUUCACAUUAAUUUUGAAUCCUUAUUUCAGUCAUGUGCUGAGAUGUCCUCUGACACCGAAGUCUCCAGAACAGCAGAGAAGACUGCAGAGAGACAACCGUCCACCACCAUGCAGGUAAGAAUCAAUUGUAUUGCAAUAUGUUUUUUCUUUUUUAAUCCAAUAUUUGUAAAGUUGACUCUUGUGACGAGUUUGGUUUAGUUAAGAUCAGUGCUACUCUGAUGUUAAAUAUGUUGCCAAGCAUAGUCUGGUUUUCGUGAUAAAGUGGGGACCACCCAAUCAUAUACUAUGGCUGCUGUGUUACACACUUGUCAGGUGCCUUAUUUGUGGGGACCACGUUAGCUAAGAAAUACUCUGCAUAUUCACUGACACUGACAUGACUUUUUCAUGUAUUAAGUUAACAAAACACCAAGUAAUACACGCGGCCUGUAACAUAGGCUAAGUUUGCUCUGUACAAUUCACAUCAGUCCUUGGCCACAGGUCAGUUCAACCCUGUCAUCCUUAAUAUUCACUUGUUUUCAGCUGUAAAAGUCACUGCAGGGUUAUAGCAGGAUACAUACAUGUCACAUCUGUCAUAGCCAUGUUGUACCUAUGAGAAACAUAAGAUUUGGAGCCAGAUGCAUAGAAAUAUUGAAAGGUUCACAAGUUUCUUCACUUUUCUUUUGGCUUUUUCUCAUGGUUUAGUGUGAUAAAUGUGUUGUUGAUGAGCUUCACAUUAAUUUUGAAUCCUUAUUUCAGUCAUGUGCUGAGAUGUCCUCUGACACCGAAGUCUCCAGAACAGCAGAGAAGACUGCAGAGAGACAACCGUCCACCACCAUGCAGGUAAGAAUCAAUUGUAUUGCAAUAUGUUUUUUCUUUUUUAAUCCAAUAUUUGUAAAGUUGACUGUUGUGCACACAGUUUAGUUUAGUUAAGGUCAGUGCUACUCUGAUGUUAAAUGUGUUGCUUAUUGUCUGGUUUUCGUGAUAAAGUGGGGACCACCUAAUCAUAUACUAUGGCUGCUGUGUUACACACUUGUCAGGUGCCUUAUUUGUGGGGACCACGUUAGCUAAGAAAUACUCUGCAUAUUCACUGACACUGACAUGAUUUUUUCAUGUAUUAAGUUAACAAAACACCAAGUAAUACACGCGGCCUGUAACAUAGGCUAAGUUUGCGCUCUACAAUUCACAUCAGUCCUUGGCCACAGGUCAGUUCAACCCUGUCAUCCUUAAUAUUCACUUGUUUUCAGCUGUAAAAGUCACUGCAGGGUUAUAGCAGGAUACAUACAUGUCACAUCUGUCAUAGCCAUGUUGUACCUAUGAGAAACAUAAGAUUUGGAGCCAGAUGCAUAGAAAUAUUGAAAGGUUCACAAGUUUCUUCACUUUUCUUUUGGCUUUUUCUCAUGGUUUAGUGUGAUAAAUGUGUUGUUGAUGAGCUUCACAUUAAUUUUGAAUCCUUAUUUCAGUCAUGUGCUGAGAUGUCCUCUGACACCGAAGUCUCCAGAACAGCAGAGAAGACUGCAGAGAGACAACCGUCCACCACCAUGCAGGUAAGAAUCAAUUGUAUUGCAAUAUGUUUUUUCUUUUUUAAUCCAAUAUUUGUAAAGUUGACUGUUGUGCACACAGUUUAGUUUAGUUAAGGUCAGUGCUACUCUGAUGUUAAAUGUGUUGCUUAUUGUCUGGUUUUCGUGAUAAAGUGGGGACCACCCAAUCAUAUACUAUGGCUGCUGUGUUACACACUUGUCAGGUGCCUUAUUUGUGGGGACCACGUUAGCUAAGAAAUACUCUGCAUAUUCACUGACACUGACAUGAUUUUUUCAUGUAUUAAGUUAACAAAACACCAAGUAAUACACGCGGCCUGUAACAUAGGCUAAGUUUGCUCUGUACAAUUCACAUCAGUCCUUGGCCACAGGUCAGUUCAACCCUGUCAUCCUUAAUAUUCACUUGUUUUCAGCUGUAAAAGUCACUGCAGGGUUAUAGCAGGAUACAUACAUGUCACAUCUGUCAUAGCCAUGUUGUACCUAUGAGAAACAUAAGAUUUGGAGCCAGAUGCAUAGAAAUAUUGAAAGGUUCACAAGUUUCUUCACUUUUCUUUUGGCUUUUUCUCAUGGUUUAGUGUGAUAAAUGUGUUGUUGAUGAGCUUCACAUUAAUUUUGAAUCCUUAUUUCAGUCAUGUGCUGAGAUGUCCUCUGACACCGAAGUCUCCAGAACAGCAGAGAAGACUGCAGAGAGACAACCGUCCACCACCAUGCAGGUAAGAAUCAAUUGUAUUGCAAUAUGUUUUUUCUUUUUUAAUCCAAUAUUUGUAAAGUUGACUCUUGUGACGAGUUUGGUUUAGUUAAGAUCAGUGCUACUCUGAUGUUAAAUAUGUUGCCAAGCAUAGUCUGGUUUUCGUGAUAAAGUGGGGACCACCCAAUCAUAUACUAUGGCUGCUGUGUUACACACUUGUCAGGUGCCUUAUUUGUGGGGACCACGUUAGCUAAGAAAUACUCUGCAUAUUCACUGACACUGACAUGACUUUUUCAUGUAUUAAGUUAACAAAACACCAAGUAAUACACGCGGCCUGUAACAUAGGCUAAGUUUGCUCUGUACAAUUCACAUCAGUCCUUGGCCACAGGUCAGUUCAACCCUGUCAUCCUUAAUAUUCACUUGUUUUCAGCUGUAAAAGUCACUGCAGGGGUAUAGCAGGAUACAUACAUGUCACAUCUGUCAUAGCCAUGUUGUACCUAUGAGAAACAUAAGAUUUGGAGCCAGAUGCAUAGAAAUAUUGAAAGGUUCACAAGUUUCUUCACUUUUCUUUUGGCUUUUUCUCAUGGUUAAGUGUGAUAAAUGUGUUGUUGAUGAGCUUCAAAUUAAUUUUGAAUCCUUAUUUCAGUCAUGUGCUGAGAUGUCCUCUGACACCGAAGUCUCCAGAACAGCAGAGAAGACUGCAGAGAGACAACCGUCCACCACCAUGCAGGUAAGAAUCAAUUGUAUUGCAAUAUGUUUUUUCUUUUUUAAUCCAAUAUUUGUAAAGUUGACUCUUGUGACGAGUUUGGUUUAGUUAAGAUCAGUGCUACUCUGAUGUUAAAUAUGUUGCCAAGCAUAGUCUGGUUUUCGUGAUAAAGUGGGGACCACCCAGUCAUGAACUAUGGCAGUUGUUCUACACAGCAGGUGUCAGGUGUCUUAAUUUUUGGAGGCACGUCAGCUAAUCAUACUGUACACAUUUACUGACACUGACACUACUUUUUCACGCAUUAUCCCAACAAAAAUCCAUGUCUUCAUGAUAAAUUUGUAGGCAGCAUAUUUUUGAUAAAUCUCAACCAUCUUGAACCUUGAAAGUAGUAACCCCAGAUGUCCACUGGAUGUGUAAAGCUGUUGUAGCAGUCUUUAAGAAAAGUCACUUUUUGCCCUGUAGGACUUGGAUGAAUCAGACUCUGAUCAUUCAGCAAACAGAACUGGAAUCAUCCCUUGCCUUGUUGACUACACUGAUUCUGAAGAAUCUCCCAGUCCACACACCAGCCCUUUACAGCUAAAUGAAAGCUGCGAGGUACUUUGAUGUUGAUAUUGUACUGGCAGGCAUUAGACAAAUUUGAUUGCUACAAACAGUUUUUUACUUUUUUAUUUUUUUUACAUCAUAGACAUGGAGUCUGUCCUCUGAGUCUGAACUUACCGUCACUGACCAAGACAAAGAGACUGUUCCAAAAUUGAGGAGGACCAGGAGCAUACAGGUGUGCAACACACACAAUGGAGGGAAAUGUUGAUACAUAUAUUUAACAUUUUUAAAGCUAAAGUAUUUCCUUUAUGAAAUGUGUAUGCCAGAUGCUUAAGUGGCAUGUUGCCUGAAACUGAAUUUACCUUUUUUUUCUCUUAACUUGCUCCUGAAGAUGAAAGGUCGAGUUGACUUCGAUUUGGAUGAGCUUUAUGAUCACACCUCAGAUGACAGUGGAGAAGAGUAUAUUCCUGAGAGCGGUGAAGAUUCUUCUGAAGAUUCAGACCCUUGCAACAUUAAGACUGACCAGAAAAUAACAAAGCUCAGAUUUCCAAACUUCGAGAAGACGGCAGAUGUCAGAGAUGGAUGUCUCCCAAUGACAGAACCUAUCCAUGCCACUUUGAAUCUGGAGAGAGGGCGCUCAUCCUCAAGAAAAGAAGGCACCUCUGGUACAAGGCAAAGAAGAAGAUGUUCAAGCAGUGUGCCUUGCCCAGCAACACAAACAGGUACUGGCAACUUAUCAGAACAGAGUGGAGGGGGCAACUCUAGACAUAGAGUCCUGUUGGAUAAUUCUGCACCUGAUCUGGAGCAAAAUCUACCUGACAGCACCUCUUCCCUGGGUGGAGUGACUGAUGAUUUACCUUCCAUACCUGCUGUUUGUAAGAAAGAGGAUGGAUCAAGAUUGUAUAACAAAAAGCAAUACUGUCUGUACUGUAAAUUAGGGGUUAUAAAAAUGGCAAGGCAUUUGGAGCGUGCUCAUCAAGACAUACCAGAUGUUGCAAGGGCUGUGUCCUUCCCAAAAGGCUCAAAAGAAAGACGGAUGCAUAUGGAACUCUUGAGAAACAAGGGAAACUUUGCACAUAAUGUUGAAGUAUUGAAUUCUGGUGUUGGAAUUCCUGUUCCACGCAAGCAACCGAAGGAUGAAUCUCAAGUGCAGAAGUUUCUGCAUUGUGCAUAUUGUCAGGGCUUCUAUACAAAGAAAGUCCUUUGGAGGCACAUGAAGAUCUGCAAAUUCAAACCUAGUAUUCCACUUAAACCUGGCAGAACACGUGUCCAAGCGCUUUGCGGAUUUGCUGCGCCUCCACCACCUGGAAUGAAGGAACAACUUUGGAAGCUCCUGAACAAAAUGGUUCAGGACGAAGUGUACUUUGCUGUCAAAUCUGAUCCAUGUAUCAUGGAGUAUGGUGAACAUUUAUUCAACAGGCUUGGGUAUGAUCCUGGCAAACAUGAAUACAUUCGCCAGAAAUUGAGAGAGUUGGGACGGCUUCUCAUAUGCUCAAGAAAAAACACUCCCUUGAAGAUGAUUCAAGAUCACAUCAAGCCUGCAAAUUUCAUGUAUGUUAUCGAGGCAGUGAAAGACAUUGCAGGCUACAAUGGUGAAACAGAUGCAUACAGGUGCCCCAGUCUGGCUCUCAAAGUUGGAUACAGCCUGAAAAAGAUUUCAAUGCUUGUUGAAAGCCGUGCAAAUGUACAAAGUGACUACAGUGCAGCAAAGGAUGCUCGUACAUUCCGCAGCGUGUAUGAAGCCAGGUGGAAUGAGCUGAUAUCAGCUGCAUCACUAAGAACCCUUCAGGAGUCCAAGUGGAAUACUCCUCAGCUGCUUCCAUUCACGAAAGAUGUUCAGACUCUCCAUUCCUUUUUAGAUGCACAGCAAGAAGAACUUUUCAGCCAGCUAUCCUCAGAGACGUCCCCCCAGACCUGGGCACAGCUGACAAAAGUCAUUUUGACUAAAGUCAUUUUGUUCAACCGUCGAAGAUCUGGGGAAGUGUCAAAAAUUCCAGUUUCUGCUUAUUUGUCACACAAUCCAUCAGACCCACAGGAGGAAGUGAAUUUAGCUCUCUCAGACCUAGAGAAGAAGCUCUGCCAGCAUUUCCGAAGGAUUGAAAUAAGAGGUAAAAGAGGGCGAAAAGUUCCUGUACUUUUGACCCCACCAGUGCAAGCAGCAUUGGAUCUGCUCAUCAGAAAAAGACAGGAAUGUGGGGUUCUCCCAGAGAACACAUACCUGUUUGCACGACCAACAACUCUUAUCUGCUAUCGUGGAUCUGACUGUUUGCGACACUUUGCCAAGGUCUGCGGCGCAAAAAACCCUGAAAGUCUGACUUCAACAAAAUUACGCAAACAAACUGGGACCCUGUCACAAGUCCUUAACCUCACAAACACAGAGCUUGAUCAACUAGCAGAUUUUCUUGGACAUGAUAUUAGAGUGCACAGACAGUUUUACAGACUUCCGGAGGGCACUCUACAACUGGCUAAAAUCAGCAAGGUUCUCAUGGCUCUGGAGCAGGGGUGUCUGGCAGAGUUCAAGGGGAAGUCCCUGGAUGACAUUUGUAUUGAUCCUGAAGGUACUAAAUAUUUAAUUGUUCUACAGAAUAAAAAAACAGUUGGUAUUUUUUGAGUGUGUGAGGAUCAAGUGAUGCAUUUUCCACUUAGUCAGUUUCCUUCCUCUCCUCUUUCAAUCGUCCACAGAGAAUGUACACCUAGACAGCGACCAGGAAAGAGACCCUGAGGCACCAUGUGACCCUGAAGCAGAUGAUGAGUCAGACUCACCAGGUAAGCCCCUCAGCCACAAUAUAAUCCUUAAAUGUGUCCAUUGUCACUAAUCCAUGGAUAACCACAAUUGUAUUGGCUAAUUUUGAGUUUAUUCUGAUAUUGAUAUUAUUAAAAUAUUGCUCAAAUAUGUAUGUAAGAAAUUUUAAUGAAGGCCAUGUUUGGAGAGUGGCACCAUUUUCAUAAGUUUGCCUGACAGUGGAUUUGAAGCAAAACCAUUAAGAUGUGAUUUAACCCUUAAAUGACCCUUGGACAUUUUUCAAUCAGUCAAUCUUUAUUUGUAUUGUGCCAAUUCAUAAAAAAUGUUAUCUCAAGACACUUUACAACAGAGCAGCUGAAGACAAACUCCUCAGACCGACUCUUCAUGAUAUGGAUACACAUAUAUGCAUAGAUAGUCAGAACUCUGAGAUUAAAUAGUCAGAAUUAUGUGGGGAAAAAGUCAAUUAUGAGAUUCUGAGCAUUAAAUCAGAAUUAGCAGAGAAAAAUGUCAAAAUUUUGAGAUUCUGAAGACCGAAUUCUGAGGAAAAUUCAGAAUUCUGUGAAAAAAAGUCUGAAUUCUGAGAUUCUUAGUUUCAAAGUUCAAAUUCUAUGAACAAAAGUCAGAAUUAAAGUUACAAUUCUGAUUUAAAACUCAGAACUGAUUUUUAUUAAUUAAUCCUCCGUCAUGUAGAUGGGAUAAAAAUUCUUGGGUUGGAUUUUCAUGCUGAAAGUUGGGAUUUUGACGUCAGACCUUCAAACAACCCCCCUUGCCAAAAAUCACAUGCCUGUAACCUUUUGUAGGAAUCUCUCUAGAAAAUUGAAAAUUGUGUCUAUUGAAGGGUCAUUAAUGGGAUAAAAAUGCAUCACAGGGUCAAAUAAUGGAUUUUCAUGCUAAAAGUAUUUAUCAUCAAAUUUUUCCCCAAAGUACCCCCCUUGCCGAAAGUCAGCUCCCUGUGACCAUUUAUAGGACACUUUAUUGAAAAUGGACAUUUUUGUCCACUUGAAGGGUCAUUAAUCAGAUAAAAAGGAAUUCUGGGACCAAAUAAUGGAUUUCCAUGCUGAAAGUUGGGAUUUUGACAUUUGACCUAAAAUUACCCCCCUUGCCAAAAAUCCCCCCCCCCCAGUAUUUGUUGGACACUUUCUAGAGAAUUGACUUUUUUCUCGAUUGCAUUAAUGGGAUAAAAAUGAAUUAUGGGGGGUCAAGUGAUAGAGUUUUAUACAGAAAGUUGAUUUGGAUGAAAUUUCAUCCAGAAUGACCCCCUCAUCAAAAAAUGGGGGGGGGGGGGGAGGUGGAUAAUGGGAUAAAAUGAAUUUCAGGGUCAAUUAUUAGAUUUUCAUGCUAAAAGCUGGGAGUUUGGCAUUAGACCUAAAAUCAACCCACUUGCCAACCCCCCUACAUUUUCAGAGUUUCAACUGUAAUUGGACAUACCAUCAGUUUAUAAAUAUAAGAAUUAAUUUUGAUGGUUAGUAGUCAAUGACUGCUUUAAGUCUGGAUCCCAGGAACAGAGGUGCUUAGGCAGGCUUUUACAGCAACCAUCUUCAACAUUUACUUGUUCGUAGGUCUUUCUACCUGUAAGGUUUGUUUUCAGUCAUGAAAAAUAUUCUUGAGGUCAGCUGACUGACUUGAUGAUCGUGCUGCGAUUAAAAAAUAUUGACACACAUUGGACUCUGCCAGAAGUCUGGAAACCUUCUGCAGUUUGAGUGGCUGCUGUGCAGCAAAAUUCAGUUUAUGCGCAAAGCAUUUUACAUGAGGGAACUGCCCAACUUUAGCUGCAUGUAUCAUUUUAGAAGUCCAGCUGUCCAUCACCAGCAUGACGUCUUUAUUUCUUAGAUGCCAUUAGCCCCACCAGAUUUGCACCUGUGUGACUCUCAUAAACAGCUCUCGUCGGCAUCACAUAAAAAAUCUGCUAGUCCUCGCUCAUAUAAUGUGCUGUUAUUAUGUACGACUCUGUUGCACUUGGAGUCCAGGAGUCACAUACAAUGGCUACACAGCUAGCUUUACUCACUGAUUCCAUUACCUGGACCUUGGUGUCUUUGUACAAUGCAUGCACAGCAGUUCCUGUGAAGUGUCUUCUUGUCGGCAGGAUAUACCGAGGCUCAAGUGUCUUCAGGAGGUAGCAGAGCCCAAUAUUUUCUACCACUGAAUACGGCCGUAGAUCCGUAGCAACAAAGCAUGAAACAGAAUCGGUGAUCCUCUUCCCUCUCUCCAAAGAGGAUGGCAAAGUUAUCAGCACUUAUGUGAUUGUAGGUUGGGAUGCACUUGCUGUUUUUGUGGCUUUUGCUGCCAAUGUCCUCACAGGGUGGUCAUUAGUUGAAAUCCCAAAGUACUUUAUUUUUGUGUGGCAGACUUUACACACCGUUUGCGUCUUCUCAAGGUUCCUGUCAAGUUCAUAAAAGACUAAAUUAGCCUAAAAGUCCAAUUUAAAGCUAAUGGGAGCAUCUUUGAUUACUCUUGUUGUUUGCGCCAUAUCCCCGUCCUGCAUUUCGGUUGUUGUGCUCACACUGUAGUUAAAAAACCUCCAAACUUUAUUGUCCAAGUGUGGCCAGCAAAAUAAAGUAAUAAAGGGUGGGGAAAGUGAUUAUGUCAAGUCGCUGCAUCGAUGCAGAAUCGUGCAUGGCUGAAUUGCGAUGCAUCUUAGAAUUGAUCAUUUUUUCCCUCCUCUAUUAAAUUCUUCAUUUACAGCUUUUAAUGUCCAUGUCUGCACCAUGUUUGAAACGUUAUCUUGACUUUGGUUCAUAAUCUAUUUCUUUCCUUCUUCAUACUCUUCCUACAAAUCUGGUUCAUUGUACUCCUCUGGGAUAUUUCUGACACAAUUACAUGUUAUGAAGUGUAUCUUCACCAAGAAAAUGAUUCAACAAUUAUGUGGUCUUCCAGGCUUGUUGAUGAUAGACAAUCUAAAAAUACAUUUGUUUAUUCUUGUGAACAGGAUAUCGUAAGAAUGCCAUGAGAUAAUUUCUUCAGAUUAGGCACAAAUGCCCACUUUAACUCAAAGAUGAAUUUAGCUUACAUUUUGGUAUUCAACAUUCAACAUUGCUUUGUCAUUACAAAAUAUGGUUCUGUCCUUCAUAAAAAAAUCCACUAAUUGUGACAACUUUAAAAACAGAUGCAUAUUAGCAUGAUAGACAUGUUUCCUUCAGAUACUUCAUACAUUAAAAGUGAAUGGACAUGGAUGGUUCACUGAGGAAUACAACUGCGUGGCAGUAAUUCCAUUUUUCCCCCCUCUGGCUUUCAGAGAAUGCAACCACAACAGAGGACAGUGAGACAAUUGGGCCAGAUGUGAGACACACAGUGAACAAUGCAGCACCACAGCAAGAUACUGUGACGACUCCACAGGCCAGAGAUCAUCAGAAACCUGUGAAACGGUUAAAAGGUAAACUUUUGUCAAAUUUAGAUUUCAAGAUUGGCUGAUUUCAAGAUCAAAAAUGAAAGGUAAUGAGAGCCACUUGUUUGUGUUGUGUGUUGAUGCACAGGACGACAACCUAGCAAGAGAAAGACGUGGGAGAAAGAGGAGAUUGCUGCUGUCGAAAGGCACAUGAUGUCCUUCAUCACAACAUGCCGUGUUCCAGGAAAAAGUGACUGUGAUAAGUGCCUUAGCGCAGAGAAGACCGCUCUUAGGGACAGAAAUUGGCUAGCCAUUAAAUUUUACAUCAAAAACCGCAUCACAGCCUUGAAGAGGACAAUGUAA